CAGGCAGAGAGGGAGCUGGCAGUCUGCUGGCCUUGCAUAACACACGUUGGAGCCCUUGAACGCAGGACUUGGUGAGAGCUUCAGCAGCGGAGAACUCUACCGACAGCAGAGAGGAGAGUCCAGAGAGGAGAGAUCCAGGAAGAGGACUCCUAGGAAACACGUCUCCAACACACACACACACACACACACACACACACACACACACACACACACACACACACACUGGGAGGAGGAAGCAUUGGACAUGCUCUGCAAGCAGUGGCUGUGGAGAGACUGAUUCCUGCGGACAUCGUGGAAGAGGUGGAUCGGUCAGAGAUGAUUCCUCAUGAAGUCUAUGGAGCUCAUUUUGUGAGCUGGAGUGACUCCAUCUUCUCUGGUCUGAGACCUGGAGCCGUCUAACAGUGAACACAAAGAGAGCCGGAGCCACAGCGCACACAGAGAGGCAGCCCGCUGCACACAACCAUUGGGUGGAGGAGGUCGACAAAGAAAGACCCGCGACCACUUUAAAUUACUAACUGGGGAUAUUAAAACCACAUUACAUUACAUUACAUUACAGUCAUUUAGCUGACGCUUUUAUCCAAAGCGACUUACAGGAAGUGUAACCACGCUGGUACAAUGAAAUCCAACCAGGAGCGAAGUAAUGGAUGUCUGCCUCCUAAGAAGCGUGAGAUCCUGGCUCUAGAGCAGAGGCCAGUGGUGGUAGCCACAGCAACACCUCCAGCUGCAGUGGUCAACGAUAGUCCCCACACAGAGAACCUAGCAUGGCUGGCAAGUGUAGCCAGUGAACGCUGCAAAUCCAGGGACGCAGAGAGCCCAAGAUGUCCCAUCUCCUCCACUUCCUCCCCUUCUCCCUCCCAUUCUAUCCCUUCCUCGACCACUCCUCUGUCCGCGGUGCCCCUGGCCUCUCUGCCUACAGUUUACCCCACAGCCCUUCCCCAGCAGGCCGGGACUAUCCAGUUUGCUCAGCUGGGACCUAACGUUCAGUUCAUCAGCUCGGGGCCCUAUGCUGGCUACAUCUCGUCUCACAUCAUCUCCACCAACGCUGGUUCUGCACAUAACCACUCCGCCAUAGUACAGCGUCCCCAGCUGGACGGUUACACCACUGCCCUCAUCUCCCCCAACGCUAAAGGGGAGCAGCAGUUUCAUAUAGGCCUCUCUCCCUCAGAACUGGCUCCUGUGUCGCUUCCUAGCUCUCCCCAAGUCACCAGCCAGUACAUUCACUUGGACAGCAGAACACCGCUGGCUGUAAGCGGAAACGCCGUCACUUCAUCCACGGCCCACCUCCAGCUCCACCCUCACACGGCCGUCCUCCCUCAAACGCUCACACUCGCUCCCUCCCAGCUUUUAGUGCAGUAUGCAGAUGGUUCAGUUGGAAAGAAACCAGAGGGGCAUGCCAAGGGUGUGCUGAAUGGUGAAUUAGAGUUGGUCAAACAUACUAAACAUCCCGGUCAUCAAGUGAACCAUCAGCAGGUCCAGAGCUAUGAGGCCAGACAUAUCCUCCUGCCCGCUGACUACGGCCAAAACCAUUCAGGACUCCAGACCUCCUUGGUGCUGUUGGCCCAGCCCAACCAUGGAUCUGAACGUGAAACUGGCUCAAAUAAGUUCUCGUUUGUCCAGACUGAGAAAGGAGGCAUCUGUUUGGGGAAACCAGUGUCCAGAUCAUCCUCAUUCACCUCCCUCUCUUCCUCAGAUGUGAUUAAGUCCGUUGCUCCUCAUACAGUCAUCCAGACCACUCUGCCCCAUGAGGAGCUGCCAGCCAGUCUCUAUACCUCCACACAGCCACCCAUCAUUGGCUACAUCACCAGUUCAAAUCAGCACGCUGUCAGCUACCAUGCGGCACUGCCUCAGCACCUGGUGAUCCCCAGUGGCCAGUCCCUCUUCAUUCCAGUCAGUGGCACCAAUAACGGCACAGAAAUCGAGGUCAGUCGUACUGUCAGCACCCUGACUGCUACGACUACCCCUCAAAUAUCCACCGCCAUGCCGCACGCCUAUCUGGCCACAGCCCUGUCUAAGUGUGAGGCGCUCGGGCCAGAUGGAAAUCAAACCCCCCAUGCCGUCGCUCAGGCACCAGCGAUGCCAGUCCUGCCCUCAAACCCGGCUCCUGCAGCGGUGGCAGCUCCCUCCCCAACUCCUGCUCAUGUCCCCAGUCCCGCCCCUGUUUCCAUCCAAGCCUCCCACUCCAUCUCCCCUCCCUCCUCCCCUGUGGCGCUUCCUCCAUUCUUCAUGCGAGGAUCCAUCAUCCAGCUGGCGGACGGGGAGCUGAAGCGCGUGGAGGACCUGAAGACGGAGGACUUCAUUCAGAGUGCUGAGAUUAGUAGUGAGCUGAAGAUUGAUUCCAGCACUGUUGAGCGUAUUGACAGUGGACAGAGUCCUAAUGCUGUGGUCAUACAGUUUUCUGUGGGAGAGCUCAAAGCCCAGGUGUGUGUGGAGGUGCUGGUGGAGUAUCCCUUCUUUGUAUUUGGCCAGGGCUGGUCAUCCUGCUGCCCAGACAAGACCACCCAGCUGUUUGAGCUGUCCUGCGCUAAGCUGUGUGUGGGUGACGUGUGCGUGUCGCUGACCCUCCGCAGCUUGAGGACCACUUCAGUAACAGACAGCCAGUCUUUGGGGACCAAACUGAAGACCGGUCACUUCUCUGACUCCUGUCACAGUUUGGAUGCCACCGUAACAAUUAGUACCGGUCAAAACACUGCAGGCAGAAAUAGUGGCCUCCUCAUGAAGGCUUCCAGUGCAGACAGGCUGGAGAGGGAGCAGGUUACAGGACCAGGACCAGAGGAGGGGCUCUACGGAGCUGGACCAAUGCUUGCAGUCUCUGGGACUGUAGAAGUGAGACAAGGAUCAGUGAAAACAGACAUGCCUGCUCUUACCAAAAUUCAAUGCGGUGAUCCAGAGAGACCUACAGUCCGCAAGAGACGCUGGUCAGCUCCAGAGCGUGACCAGACUGAACGAGCUGAGGAGGAGCCUCCUCUGACUCUACCCAAACCUUCCUUCAUCCCUCAGGAGGUUAAAAUCAGCAUAGAGGGCCACUCCAGUACUGGGAGUGAAAGGUGUUUGAAUAAAAGAAUAAACUGUUGAGAGAAGUUUUAAGGAAUUUUGAUUACCUGUGGUUUGCUUUGUGUUUAUUCCCUCUCUUUCCAGACUACUGUAAUAUAGGCUGAGUUUACACAGUAUUUACAUGUUUUCUUUUCCUUCACACAAGUCUGAUACCUACAAUGAAGUACAGCAGAGCACCUUCAUAAGUGGUAUCAAACACGAGAUCAGUGCAAUCAUUGCUUAAAGCAAAAAUGAAUGCAGCGUGAAUGUUGAGCAUGAAUGGAAGUCAGACACCUGAGAGAUUUUUGACCUGCAUGUCACACAUCAUAAGCUGAUUCCUCUUUGUCACGUGGCAGACCAGUCGACCAUUCCUCUUAUCACAUGAACAAGCACAGACCCCGAUGUCAGUGUGUACAAAGUGGGUAAACAUAUUUGGAUUAUCAACCUGUUUGUUUCGCUGUUUAUUUGGUUUGUAGUGAUGUUUAAGAGACCGUGUUUCAAUGAUAAUGCUCAAUCGUCAUGGCUGUGAUCUUUGCCUUGUGUUCCUGAUGAGGUUUUAUUUUAUUACCGUUAUUUUUUCAUUUUCAUACCAUUUCAGAUGAGUGCGCUGCCACGGGGGGCCCUGGGCCACUUGUCUCCAUGUAUAUGUGCCUGUGUGUGUGUGUGUGUG